CUCUACGAAGCUUCGAGUUACAGACGUCCGAGAGUCAGCCUCCGGAGCCCAUGGGAUAGCCCGGUUUUGCCACGUUCUUGUGAGAAUAUAAUAUUACCUUUAAUCGUAAAAUUCAAAUAUUAAUUAAAAAUGUUUUAUUUAUUGGCUUGUGUAAAUUCAUUUUUGAAAUAUUUAUUAUUUUCAAACAAUGUCGGUAUUUCGAUCCGUGAGUGAUUUGAAUAAUCAGUGGUUAGAACUUUAUGGAGGAUUUUUCGAUGAUUACUAUAUCCAAGGUUUCCUUGACCUUCUCGAUGGCUUAAAGAUGAAGACUAUGCAAUCAUAUUAACCACAAAAUGACUAACGUCAAGUUAAAACUUCUCUUCUAUCUUUUGAACUCUCUAUUAUCAGUUGAUUUAGUGCACUCUCGGCCAUUCUCUGCUAAUGUCACCGACUUUAUUAAUAACAACAGCACCUUUACGAUACCAGUCGACUCUAACUCUGAUACUCUUAUUGUUGCCAAUGGAGAAGAUCCAGCCGAUGAGACACCAGAAGAGACAAAUAAAAGCUCUAAUAAACAAAUGGAAGCAAUUGUCAACGCGGAACAGGAUAGGGAUGAAGCUCUCUCGGAAAAGGUGAUAAAGGAUCAAGUGAGCAUUUUAGAAAUGACAAAAAAUGAGGCAGAGGCAUUCGAGAAACAAUUGAACACGUCAAGUGCUCUACUGGAGUCAAUGAUCGAUUCAGAAUCCGAUAGAGAAGAAACUUUAACGGACAUUUUAUUCAGGCCUGAAUCGGAAUUUGUUGAGGGUCCCAGAUUCGAAUUCUUGAUCGCCCGGCUCAAUGAGACUGAUGGUAAUAGGACUGCUGUGUUCAGUGAUAACAAUUUAGAUAAAGUUGAUAAGAACUCUAGUGAUGUGCUCAAAAAGGUUGACUAUGUAGAGUUAGUAGAAGUAGAUAAGCCUAAGAUUGGUGAAAAUAAGAGUGCUUAUACCUUUGGUAAUAUCACAGGACAUGAUGUGGACAACGACCUUGCACCAGACACGAUUCUGUCAAUGUUCUCAGGUUACUCCGAUGUGCAGACUUUAUUCAUGGCUUGCUUUGGAACAUUGUUGCCGCUGCUGGCUGUACUCUUCAUUACAUUACUAGUACGAUGCAUGUGCAGGCGGUGGUGUGCGAAGAAACCAGUGCCGUCUUCAGCUUCUGUGACGAGUAGCAAACCAGACAGCAAUGAACAGACGAAGUCCCCAGAAGAUGGAGAUACAGGAGGGGAAACUCCGCCAGGAAACGGCUCAAUCUUCACAAUGACGCUAAAGAAUAAUCAUCUUAUUGUAGAAACGGAAGAGAGGAAUGAUAUCACUAAGAAUGGACGGGCAACAAAAAUGAAGUACUCACCCGACAACGACGGAAUCUUCGUAGUUGAAGUUCAACAAUCAAACUCUUACAGACCUAAUAAUAAAAACCUUCAAAGUUCACAUAUUCAGGACCCUCAGAUAUCUACAAAUCAAGCUCUCAUCCACCGUGUACCAGAUGAGUACGAAAAGCGCAUCGUUGAAGACGACAGCGAAAGAAGUAGUGAAAAAUUUGAUCGACAAUUGGCGUUAUCCAGUACAGGACUUUCCAUCUCAGAUCUUAGUAUGUCCUCGAUGGGCUCUCAUAAUGUUACCUAUUCGUACAGCAGUCAGAUCGGAUACGAACAAGGGCCGUUCGGAUAUCCAAUAUACGCAGGCUAUGAUGUGUCGAAAGACGAUACAGCCGAAAGUUUAAUUCACGAUAACUCACAAGAACCUUUAAUUGGUAAAACGCCAACUGAUCCCGAUAAACCAGUUGUUACAGCCGCAAUUUUCAAACAAGAUUCUGUAAUCAGUAAUGAUUUACUACAAGGGCCAGUAUAUUGUAUCGAAGGUUCGUCCGAUGGCCCCUUACUAUCUGAUGUUCAAGCGAGAGAGAUAAGUCUCCAAAAAAUUCACGAUAAGAAAGAAAAGAAGAUGGAAAACGGCGUAGCAGUGGCCGUGGCUGAAAAAUUUGAGAGCCCAAUAAAAAUAUUCACGCGAUUUGAUUCAGUUGCAAACCCUGAUGUUAGUAUAAAGGAGACAAAUAUGGCAGAUAUUCCUAAAGAUAUUUUACAAGGUAAACGUGCAUCUUUACCCGUGAUUCGAACUGAAAUGUAUGAAUCAGUGAAAGAUGUUAUUCAAGCUGGUUCACCAAAGUUUGAGAGAUUGAAUAAUGAUAUGUCGCCAGGUGAGGUGUUUUAUGAUACCCCUCCGAUGAUAACAAUCACAGAAGAGAGCGAAUCGAAACCAGAAGAUACUAGUUAAUUUUUAAUAUGUAUAUAGAAGUAAUGUUUUAGUAUUAUAUUCCUUUCGCUUGGCUAAAUGUGGUGAUAUUUAUAAUACUGAGAGUUUAUUGAUUUUUGUUUUCUCGUUAAUAUUUUUGUGUGAAUGCUUUGCUCUCGGUAAUUAAACGAAAAAUGAAUUUUUAACGUACGUUUAAUCUUACUGCUUUUGCGUGUUUACGCAAGUGGCAAAGUAGCCAAUGCUAAUCAUGGAUAGGACAGUAAAUUUACAUAAGAAAUUAAUAUUUUAUGUAAAACAAAACAAUUAUCGUUGGUUUAUAAUGCUAUCUAGUGUUUUAUGACGCAAAAUUAUUAAUUUCUUAUGCACAUUGAUUGUAACAUUAUUUUAAUAGAUACUUUUUUAUUUGGAACUCGAUACAGAAAAAUGCGCUUUAGUAUGUGUUAAAGAAAGAAAUAAUAGAAGUAAAGUUUCAUGCACAUAAGCCACAUUUAGAAUUGUAAAUUUUUUCCUUCUUAGAAAUAAGUAGCUUAAAGUAAUUUUAAAAUUAUUUUAUUUUACGAUUGCCUUCUUGCAUAAGUUUGAAUAGAUUGAUUUAAUAUAUUUAACUAUACUACUUAUGGACGGCAGAAUCAACAAAUUAGAGUACCAAUCAAAGGUGUCUGAAAAAGUAUUUGUAAAUUUUCAUUUUUCUAUUCUUUUUCAAUUUAGUUUUUUUAAAUUUUUUUUAAAGUUCUAAUUUUUUAUUUUUGUAUUUAAAAUUGUGUUCAAUAAUAUUAUUGACGAGUUACUAAUACCAUCCACCAUCUUUUUCGUUAUAUUAUAUUUCUAAGUAAGGCAUAUCUUUUAGGAUUUUCAUGAUAUCUGAGAUCAAAUUUGUAAAUAUUGAUGUGUCAAUAAAUUGUAAUUUUAUUGAUUUUAAUAUAUUUAGAGUAGUUCAAAGAUAUGUUUUCUGAUUACUGAGCAUUUUUCAUUUUAAAAUUUAGGGUCAAUUUUUGCGCUGGGUAGCAGAUUCGUUUCACCACAGAGAUUUU